AUGUUGGAUGUGUUGAUAGUGGGAGGAGGUCCUCAUGCUCUGACUCUGGCUACCCUGCUGUCGAACCCUGAGCAGCAUGUGAACUCAUCCAAUUCUGAAAUUCUCCAAGGUGUUCAGCUCAGCAAAGCUAGAUUUAAAAGUGGACGUCCUAAAAGCAAGGGACACCCCAAUGGAGCAGUGUCAGAGAGGCACAAGGACCUAAACGAUCCACCCUGUUCUCCUUUAAAUUUUAAGGUGGUGGACUCUUAUGGAGAAUGGGCUUCCCUAUGGGAGAGUCAGUUCACAGCUCUCAAUAUUCAUCACCUUCGCUCACACAUGCUGGUGCACACUGACCCUCUCAACAAGAAAGCCCUGCAAGAGUUUGCGCUGGUAGAAAACCGUCUGGUGGAGCUUCAUUGUCUCCCUGAGACAGUCUACAUUCAAGAUAAAAAUGCUUUUUUUAAUGAUGGCCGUCUGAGCAAGAAGGACAGGAAGCGUCUAAGUGCUGCACAAGGCCUAAAGAAAAACCUUUAUUUUAGUCUGCCGGGUACUCAGCUCAGUGUGGAUUUCUUCAAGGAGCAGGUGCAUAGGUACAAUCUGGAAGGUGUUCUCAUCCAGGGCACAGUGGACAGAAUUGUUCCGUUUCUCUGUGAGAAACAAAAGAAAGUGAAGUUCUUCAGAGUAUCACUAGACACUGGUGAAACCCUCGAGGCCAAAAGUAUUGUCAUGGCCACAGGACCCACUCGGGCACAGAUGGCGAAUAUCCCUUCAUGGGUAUCGAGCAUUGCUGAGAGCUACCCUGAAGAGGCGCUGCAGCACACGGUGGAGUUGAUGCACCUCUUCUCUCGACACAAAGCUAAUAGCUCUAACUUUACAGGUCCUCCACCUGUGUGCCAGAGAAACCAGAGAGUAAUGGUAAUUGGUGGAGGCCUGACCAGCGCCCACAUCAUUUCCAUGGCUAUGCAGCAAGGGGCCAGUCAUGUGACCUGGGUCCUGCGCAAACACCUACAGCUGAAGCAGUUUGAUGUUGGAGAUGUGGAGAGUCUGAUUGGGCGCUACUCACAUGUUGAGCAUGGAAUCAAGCUGGAUGGCCUGGCAUACCUGCGGCAGUUCUACGGAGAGCGAAGCCUUCACAGGAGGCUAGCAAUGAUCAAACAGGCCAGAAAAGGAGGAGCGGUGACCCCGGAGGCGUACGCAAAUCUUCAGCCUUUCAUUCAGACAGGACAGCUGCUGGUUAAGGCAUACUGCCAGGUUACUGAGGCAGUGUGGUGCUAUGAGACUCAGAGGUGGAAGAUCACCCUAUGUGAUGGUGACCAGUGGACUGGUGACAGGAUCUGGCUGGCAACAGGCUGUAAGCUGGAUGUUAAACAAGAUCCCCUGCUCUCUGAUGUCUUAAAGGACUUUCCUAUUCAGGUGAUUGAAGGCUGGCCAUGUCUGUCAGAGUCAUUGCAAUGGGCUGCUGGGUGCCCCCUCUACUUGAUGGGACAAUAUGCAGCACUGCAGGUUGGUCCCCAUGCUGUGAACCUUGCAGGGGGCCAGGCUGCAGCUUUACGAAUUGCAAAAGACAUUAUGGGUCAACGCGGAAGUGAAGAACAAAACAUGGAAGCCAACAAAGUGGAAAAGUCACAGACUGAGGAGUACAUUUCACACAUGCAUGGUCUUAUGUGGUUAUAAUGUCCAGGAAACAUUCUUUCUUUGUUCUGUACUAGUGACCAUUUCAACUUUUGACAUUUAACUUGC